GAUAAUCACUCUUCUCUCCGUGUGCGUGCAAACUGCAAAGCCACAUCCCAUAUGUCCCCUCCAACUUCACACAUAGCCCAUACCUUAAUUAGCAGAAACACUGUGCCAAAGGGCCAGAGAGGCUGAUAACAAACCAUGUUGUUUCCCCCACCGAAGGCAGCCGUAAUCUUAUGCACUUCCGUCGCCGCCGCGGUGGCCGUGAUGGGAACCAUGUUACUAAAAACUCACCAUGACCACAGCCUCCAUCACUCUUCUUCUCCGCCACAGCUGCUUCGCUUCUUCCUCCACAGCAGCUCCGACGCCCUGUCCUCGUGGCUCACACCCACUUUUCUCUACCUGCUGGUCAACGCCAUCAUCAUCUCCAUCCUCGCUUCCUCCAAGCUCCAGUACUCCAAGACCGCCGCUUCUUCUAGCCCUGAUGAUGACGUGUCAUUAUCAGGGUACGGUGGCUUCUCGGAGACCGAGGUGAGUAGGAGUAGUGAUCUUGAGGAAGGGGGUCAGCUAGAAGAGCCGCCGGUGGAUGGUCAGAAGGCCAAGGAGAGAGAGGAGGAUCAUGCACCGGCGUCGUCGGUCGUACCGCAUGGCGGUUGGGAUGACCGCCGUCGUCGUGAUAUGGCCGCCACCGCGGAUGAUGAGUACUCCGGUGGCGGUCUUACGAGAGAAGAGGAUAGAGAGGCCAAGCCUCCGGUUUCCUCCAGGUUUGUACCCCGGAAAUCUGCACUACCACCACCACCACCCAACGGAUCAGCUACCAACUUCACUCAUCGGUCCAAAGGCGGUGGCGGUAGUAAGGCGGCGGCGGCGGGAUUGGGGAUAUCGAAGUCGGGGAGGCGGGACGAGACGCUGGAGAGCACGUGGAAGAUGAUAACGGAAGGGCGCCGGGUGCCGUUAACUCGACACCUCAAGAAAUCGGACACGUGGAACACGGGACACGUGGCGGUCCCGUCGGCGGGGAAGGUGAUGAAGAAAUCCGAGACGUUUAGAGAUGCUGCCGGGAGAAGUAGUGGGAGGAAGAACGAUACGGGUGCAACGACGUCGGAUACGGUUGGGAGAGCAGUGAAGAAGAGGGAGCCGUCGCUGGGCCAAGAGGAGCUGAACCGGCGGGUGGAGGCGUUCAUCAAAAACUUCAACGAGGAGAUGCGGCUGCAGCGGCAGGAGUCCCUCAAUCGCUACAGAGAGUUGCUCCGGGCCGGCGGAGUCGUUUCGGUUUGAGUUCACCAGAGGAGGAUUGUGGAUUAUAUAGUUUAAUCUAUAGAUCCUGGACUAAUUACCAUGGCUGUGAAUUAAUUAAACUCCUCCACAGUUUUGGUGUCUAUGGAAAGGACAGGAUUAGUGAUGGCAAUGGGCGGGUACCUCAAUUUCUAUGUCCCAUCCCACGCUACUGUGGGUCGGGGCGGGUAAAACCCGCGCGGUACAGGCCGGGCGGUUCGAUCCAUUUUUUUAUGUUGUUCAAAAAAAAUACAAGUAAAAUUUUCUUUUUACAAUAGAACGUAGGAAAAUAACACUUUAAGAAUGAAAAAUAUUGAUAAUAAAAUAGAUAAUUGAGCCUAACAAGUUGAAAGAUCGACUCUAACUAGUUGAAGAAAAGUCAAAAUAGGAGAAAUAUGUAUAGAUAUUGUAAGAAAUUGAGAUAAAAUAA